AUGACUUAUCUGGCUCAUACAGCCCAUUCCCAGUUUGGAGCCCUCUGGCUGUCCUUUGUGGGCUGGAUCCUCACCAGUAUGUCUCUGGGACUCAUCCAGUGGCGGGUGUGGCAGGUUUCGGACACAAAGGUCAUCACCUCUGGUGUAGUCUGGGUGGGGAUCUGGAGGGCUUGCUUCAACAGCUACACUGAUGUGAGUGAAGGCUUCAGGAACAUGCAUUGCAGGUACAUCAGCCUGAGGGAGGCCUUCACGCCUCCAGAGAUCGCAGCCGGUCAGGUUCUCAUGCUCCUGUCUCUGAUCGUGGGCCUCAGUGGCAACGCUGGUGGGGUUUACGCCAUGAGGAAUGCCUACUUUGGGGUGGGGAAAAACUCAUCAAUCCUACUAAGUUUCAUCAGCACUGUGGUCCUGUGCCUGUUGGCUGCUGUGCUGUCUCUCAUUCCACUGAUCUGGAACCUGAGCUCAGUUGUGACAAAUCAGACCAUCCAGUUCCCAUCUGAGUUUAAACUCCCACAGGCACCAAUCUCUCAGAUAGUUACCAGAAUUCAGGAUGCAUAA